GCAGCAGCAGACAUGGUGCUCCACCACAAAGAGUUCACCACUGCAGGCAAGACAGGCGGUCUGCAGAUUUGGAGGAUCGAGAAUAUGGAGCUGGUCCCUGUGUCUGAGAGCUUACAUGGGAGCUUUUAUACUGGAGAUGCUUAUGUGAUUCUCAACACUGUCAAACAGAAGGGCAGCUUUUUCUAUCACCUGCACUACUGGCUGGGAAAGGAGUGCAGCCAGGAUGAGAGCGCCGCUGCAGCCAUCUUUACUGUGCAGCUGGAUGACUACCUGGGAGGAAAACCGGUCCAGUACCGAGAGCUGCAGGGGUUUGAGUCGACAGCCUUCUCCAGCUACUUCAAGGGAGGGAUCACUUACAAAACAGGAGGCGUGACCUCGGGCUUCCACCAUGUGGUCACCAACGACCUUUCAGCGCAGAGACUCCUCCACAUCAAGGGCCGUCGUGUCGUCAGGGCCACCCAGGUCCCCCUCAGCUGGUCUAGCUUCAACAGCGGAGACUGCUUCAUCAUUGACCUUGGAGAUAAGAUCUAUCAGUGGUGUGGAUCCAAGUGUAACCAGUUUGAACGACUGAAGGCAGCACAAGUGGCCAGAGGUAUCCGUGACAAUGAGAGAAAUGCCCGUGCUGAACUGUUGGUCAUAGAAGAGGGAAGUGAACCAUCCAAGUUAACUGAUGUCCUUGGAGUCAAGCCAGAGCUGUCAGUGGGAGAUGAUGAGGAUGAUAUGGACGCAGACAUGUCCAACAGAAAAAUGGCGAAACUAUACAUGGUAUCUGAUGCAUCAGGAUCCAUGAAAGUUACCAUUGUCAAGGAGGAAAACCCAUUCCUCCAGAGUGACCUGCUGUCAGACGAAUGCUUCAUCCUGGAUCAUGGCAAAAACAAGAUGAUAUUUGUGUGGAAAGGGCACCACGCCAACCCCAGUGAAAGAAAAGAGGCCAUGAAAACUGCAGAGGGCUUCAUCAAACAGAUGAAAUACCCAGCAAACACACAGAUCCAGGUGCUGCCAGAGGGAGGGGAGACUCCCAUGUUCAAACAGUUCUUCCUGGGCUGGAAGGACAGAGAUCAGAGCGACGGCUUUGGCAAGGUGUUUGUCACUGAGAGGAUUGCCAGGAUCCAGCAGGUGGAGUUUGAUGCUUCCAAGCUCCAUGAGUCUCAACACAUGGCAGCCCAGUACAACAUGGUGGAUGAUGGGAGAGGAGACACACAGAUCUGGAGGGUGGAGAGCAGUGGCAGAGUCCCAGUUGACACAAAGAGCUAUGGUCAGCUCUACGGUGGAGACUGUUACAUCAUCCUGUACACUUACGGGAAGAGGCAGAUCAUCUACACCUGGCAGGGAGCCAGCUGCUCUUUGGAUGAGCUAACAGCCUCAGCAUUCCUGACUGUGGAACUGGAUCGUUCACUGGGAGGGAAUGCUGUUCAGGUCAGAGUGUGCCAGGGUAAAGAACCCCCCCAUCUGCUGAGUCUCUUCCAAACGAAACCCCUCAUUGUAUAUAAAAGUGGUACGUCCCGCCUUGGAGGCCAGGCCCCCCCACUUCCAACCCGACUGUUUCAGGUACGACGGAACCUGGGCACAAUCACCAGAAUCGCUGAGGUUGAUGCCAUUGCAGCCAAUCUGAACUCUAACGACGCCUUCCUUCUGAAGAUGCCUGAUGGACGGGGCUAUCUGUGGAAGGGCAAAGGGGCCAGUGAAGAAGAGGAAAAAGGAGCUCAGUACAUGAGCAAAGAGCUGAACUGCCGCAGUAACUGCAUCUUGGAAGGAAAUGAACCAGCUGAAUUCUGGGCUGCAUUAGGGGGGAAGACAGAGUACCAGACCUCAGAAAGACUGGAGAGUCAGACCAUGACUCACCCUCCUCGCCUGUUUGGAUGUUCCAACAAGACGGGCAGGUUCAUAAUUGAGGAGGUACCAGAAGAGUUCACACAGGAUGACCUGGCGGAAGACGAUGUGAUGCUUCUGGAUGUGUGGGAUCAGGUACACAUCUGUAGGGCUUUUGUUAGACCAUGUCCCUGGACAAACUGGACAGUCACUCUAACACACAGUCUUCUGUUGCAGGUUUUUGUCUGGAUUGGAAAGGAUGCCAAUGAGGUGGAGAGGACUGAAUCUGUCAAAUCUGCCAAACAGUACAUAGAGACUGAUCCGAGUGGCCGGGACAAGCUCACUCCUGUGGUGGUGGUGAAGCAAGGCCAUGAGCCCCCCACCUUCACAGGCUGGUUCCUGGCCUGGGACCCCUCCCACUGGAACUCGGUCACCAGGAGUAUGAAGUGCAUGAAUGUUAAAUAGAUAUAUACUGGUCCACCCAGGAAAACUUAAAUAUUAUCCGUCAUAUAAUCAGUGUAUUAAAAUCGUUUUUAUUGGAAUUUGUAUUGAUGAAUGAUUGUUGCUGUAAGCAUAUUUAAUGAUAUAUAAUUAUAUACAUCAACAAAAGCCUUAUAUUGUCUUGUAAAGCAUGUAUUAAGUCUUUACAUACAUAUGCAGAUCAUUCAAAUUAUUCUUGACGUUGAAAAUAGUAGGUUGUAACUCAAGGUCCACUUCUCCUGGAACUUUCAGCUAGAUUCCAUGGCCUUCAUCAACACAUGGAGUUUGCGGAGUUGUCAUGGAGAGUGAGGAAAAGGUGUAUAUAAACCAAUCAGCCAAAACAUUAAAACCAGUGACAGGCGAAGUGCAUAGCAUUGAUCAUCUUGUUACAGCGCAAUGCUCUGCGGGAAAACCUUGGGUCCUGGCAUUCAUUUGGAUGUUGCUUUGACAUGUACCACCCAGCAAGCAACCCCCCUCAGGGCAACAGCACUCCCUGACUGCAGCGGCCUCCCUAAGCAGCACAAUGUGCCCUGCCAUUGCAAAAACUGCCCAGAAAUGGCUCGAGGAACACAACUAAGAGCCCAAGGCAUUGACAUGGCCUCCAAACUCCCCAGAUCCCAAUCCGAUACAGCGUCCCUGUGGGAUGCGCCGGAACAAUUCAGAUUUAUUUAGCCCCCAACCUGCAACCCACAGGAUCCAAAGGAUCCGCUGCCAAUGUACCGGUGCCCGACACCACAGGACACCCGAGAGGUCCUGUGUCCAUGCCCCAAUGGGUCAGAGCUGUUUUGGUGGCAUGAGGGGGGCCUAAACAAUAUUAGGCAGGUGGUUCUAAUGUUGUGGCUGAUCGGUGUAAAUAAAUGCUUCACAGCCAUAUACAUUUCCAGCGUCAGCUGAACAUUUAAUGUUAUGAAUAGAUUUUGUGUAUAUGCUUUUGUCUGGGCUAAGAUUUAGAAUAGACAUCAGUG